AGCUGCUGCUUCCUGGAGGUGUAGAGACGGUGAAGUGUUGUCAGAGAGUCAGGAGGUGAUCAGCUGCUGGGAGCUGAUGUCCUCCAGGGCUCUGAAAGGUUCUCCUAGUUGCUCCUGGUUGCUCUCUGACAGGAAGAUGAUGAAGAUGUUGGUGGUGUUUGGGAUCCUGCUGCACGUGUCCCUGGAGGUCCGAGCUCUAGAGGUGUUUGAAGGGGACCAGUUUGUUCUUCUGCCCUGUAAGUCUCCCUCUGUGGAUCUAAAGAACGCCACAGUGGUGUGGAGCCGGUCCGACCUCAGUCCUUCCACUGUUCACCAGCACUCAGACACCUACACCUGCACCGUCUACAGCAGGAAGAGACGAGUUCUGGUGAAGAAACAGGUUCAGCUCCAGGUCAAAGUCCAACAGGUGGAGGUGGAUUCAGGGUCAGAUGCUGUCCGUCUACCCUGUGAAACCACAGUCCAGCUGCUAGAUUCUACGGUUCAGUGGAGGGACAGUAAUAACAGGCUGGUCCACAUGUUGCAGGAUGGUUCAGACGUCCUCAAAAAUCAGGACCAGAUAUACAGAGACAGAACAGCAAUAAAUGGAGACUUUUUACAAACCGGAGACCUCAGUCUGACCCUGAAACAUCUCACGUAUAAAGACAGUAAUGUCUACACCUGCACCAUCAACAGCGGAGGGGGAGACGUUCUGAUGAAGAAGCAGGUUCAGCUUCAUGUCAGAGACUGUCACCUGGAGGUGGAGAAAGGGGCGGAGUCUGUCCUGCUACCAUUUAAGGUGUCCCCAGAACUUCUUGAAGAUUCCCAAGUUGAGUGGUGGCGCUAUGAACCUGCCCCAAAAAUAAAGCUUUAUUGUUAUCAAAAUGGUUUUGGUCGAACCUAUGGACAUGCCAGGUUCUUCAGAAUCCAAUCGGAGAUGAGCAAAGACCUGCUACAAACCGGAGACAUCAGUCUGACUCUGAAGAAGACCCUAGAUGAAGGAGACGAGAGUUACAGAUGUGGAGUCUGGAGGGAUGGGGACCUGCUGGGGUGGACAACAGUUCUGCUCAAAGUCAAAGUGUCCCUGGAGGUCCGAGCUCUAGAGGUGUUUGAAGGGGACCCGUUUGUUCUUCUGCCCUGUAAGUCUCCCUCUGUGGAUCUAAAGAACGCCACAGUGGUGUGGAGCCGGUCCGACCUCAGUCCUUCCACCGUUCACCAGCGUGGACCAGAAGGAGAUGACCUGACCGAGCAGAACCAGCUUUACACAAACAGAACCUCCAUGAGGAGCGAUGCCCUGGACACUGGAGACCUGGGGCUGAAUCUGACCCGUCUGCAGGUGUCCGACUCUGGAAACUACACCUGCAGCAGAGAUGGACUGACACUGAGGAGUGUUGACCUACAGGUCAAAGAAAUAUUUCCAUUGUGGGCCAAAGUUCUCUUGGUUCUCCUGGUCCUCCUGGUUCUGGCGAUCUUUGCAGGCUUGCUCUGUCAUUUUCGUCACAAUUUUAAGAAAGGUUACAAAAUAAGGCUUCUGGAGGACUCUGGGGUGAAGUCUGUCCUGUUGCCUUGCAGGACCGUUGUUUCCCUCCCAGAGGACGCUACGGUUGAGUGGACAGACAAUCACGGCAAUACGGUCUACCUCCAUCAGAACCGCUGUAAUAAGCCGGAGAGGCAGAUCCAGUUCUACAGAGAUAGAGUUACAGUGCAUGAAGACCUGCUGAGGACCGGGGACCUCAGUCUGACUCUGAAACACCCAACACGUGCAGACUCAGACACCUACACCUGCACCGUCUACAGCAGGAAGAGACGAGUUCUGGUGAAGAAACAGGUUCAGCUCCAGGUCAAAGUCCAACAGGUGAAGGUGGAUUCAGGGACAGAUGCUGUCCGUCUACCCUGUGAAACCACAGUCCAGCUGCUGGCUUCUACAGUUCAGUGGAGGGACAGUAAUAACAGGCUGGUCCACAUGUUGCAGGAUGGUUCAGACGUUCUCGAACACCAGGACAACUUUUACAGAAACAGAACAGAGAUGAACAAAGACCUUUUAAAAACUGGAGACCUCAGUCUGACCCUGAAGCGUCUCACAUAUAAAGAAAGUGACGUCUACACCUGCACCAUCUACAGCAGUGGGGGGGACGUUCUGAUGAAGAAGCAGGUUCAGCUUCAUGUCAGAGACUGUCGGCUGGAGGUGGAGAAAGGGGCGGAGUCUGUCCUGCUGCCAUUCAAAGUGUCUCCAGAACUUCUUAUCAAUGCCAAAGUUGAGUGGUGGCGCUAUGAACCUGCCCCAAAGCUGAAGAUUCAUUGUUAUCGAAGCGGUUUUGAUCAACCCUACGAACAAUCCCAGAUCUACAGAACUCAAACCGAGAUGAAUAACGACCUGCUAAGAACUGGAGACAUCAGUCUGACUCUGAAGAGGCCCCUAGAUGGAGGAGAUGAGAGUUACAGAUGUGGAGUCUGGAGGAAUGGGAAACUGCUGGGGUGGACAACAGUCCUGCUCAAAGUCAAAGGAAGAGUCCAGCUUCAGGAGGAACCUGAAGACAUCAGGGGCCGAAGUUGCUCCAUUGAUCUGACUCCACUAAUGUUUGACGGAUCGGGUUUUCUGAAAUGAUCUGAAUAUAGAUCAAGAUAAGCAAUCAGAACGAUGGGAGAGACAGAGUGGAGCGUUCAGAGCUAAUGAGCCAUCAGUGAUGUCAGAGUGAUGUCACACGGUAACCAGGAACCAGAGAUGAUUGUUUCAAGAGGAGAAACCAGUCCAUGUUUAACAUCUUACUGUCAGUAUUUAUCAGUUCAGGCCACAUGAUAAGCAAUGAUGUCAUUACAUUAGUGCCUCUGAUUGGUCCUUUCUGCCUUCAGUUUGACUCUGAAAUAAAGAGCAAACCAAGGCGGCAUUAUUAAAGCAUUAAACAGCAGACGGUUGAUCGGCUUCAGCCGUUUGCUGUCAGUUGUUUUCACGUGGAACCAUCUGCAGCUGAAGAUCUGCUUAAAGCGUCUAUGGAUUUAAACGUUUAUAUAAAACACAGUAAAAUCUCUAUCCUAUACUUCACCGGCUGUGUCUGUCCAAUAAAUAAAUAAAAAACACCAUGUAGAUAAAAACGAGAAUGAAUGUGGAAAAGUUAAAGGGGUGGGAAUACUUUUGGCAGCCAUAAAAUAUCUGGAACUAGUUGAAAGAAA